UAAAUGCAGUCAGCUGAUCGUCAGACGACAGAGGCACGGAACAGCUCGCCUCACAAAGCGGGAGAGGAGAGAAGGGAGAGGGAAGCAGCAGAAAGAGAAGAGGAGCUGCAGGGAGGGGGGGGGAUGCAAUGAGCCGACGAGUCGCCGGGCGGACUUGAGGACUACUUCCACGGAGACCGGGACUGGAGAUUUCUUGGGCAAAGCUUCCAAAUUCCACUCUCCCCUCCCUCUUUCUCCUCUCCUCUUCUUUCAAGACAAACGCUGAUCUAUUUAUUCUUCACUGCACGUGAGGCUGGCGUAGAGUGGACUUCCGCUUGCCUGCUGCACAGGAAGCUGAGCGAGAGGAGCUGUCCGGUGCUGAACUUGCUCCCGCUCUCCCGAGGAGGAGCCAGUGGUGGAAUUUCUAGCACACUUUAAAAAAAAAAAAAAUCUUUCAAAAUUAAAAGACCUGCUCGACAGCUUCACGAGCGUGCUCCUGGUGGGCACGCUGGCCACACCGGUCUGCUGCGGUUGCGUGUGUGUGGACUCGUGUGGCUGAGUGUGUGUGCGCGUGUGUGUGUCGCACCACCAUGCCGAGGUCUUUCCUGGUGAAAAAGGUGAAACUGGACGAUUUCUCCACCACGGAUGAUUUGGAGAGCGCCUACCGGCCCAGGACGGAGCUCAGCCUGCGGCUACAUGACAAAGCUGGCUACAUCAGCGACUACAUCAGCCCGUCGGUGUACGACGGCGAGAGCGACGGCGGGAUCAAGGUGCCCUCGCCGGACCCCCUCUACGACGGCAUCCACAGUGACUAUGGAGCCCCGGACUCGGAGUCUCCAGACAGCCCGGGCUCCGAGCUCACCGACGGCUACAUCAACGGCGACGCGGCGGUCAGCGACGGCUACUCGGUGGACGCCUUUUACAUCACGGAUGGCCGCUCGAGGCGGAAAGCCAUGGGGAGCCCUCGCAGCAUCCAGAGGCACACGUGCAACGAAUGCGGCAAGACCUAUGCCACCUCGUCCAACCUGAGCCGACACAAACAGACGCACCGCUCGCUGGACAGCAAGCUGGCCAAAAAAUGUCCCACCUGCGGCAAGGUGUACGUGUCCAUGCCCGCCAUGGCCAUGCACCUGCUGACGCACGACCUCAAACACAAGUGCGACGUGUGCGGCAAAGCCUUCAGCCGGCCGUGGCUCUUGCAGGGCCACAUGCGCUCGCACACGGGCGAGAAGCCCUUCGGCUGCGCCCACUGCGGGAAAGCCUUCGCGGACCGCUCAAACCUGCGCGCUCACAUGCAGACGCACUCGGCCUUCAAGCACUUCAAGUGCAAACGCUGCAACAAGACCUUCGCGCUCAAGAGUUACCUGAACAAGCACUACGAGUCGGCCUGCUUCAAAGGCCCCUUCUCUCCUCUCGGGCCCCUGGAUGCAUGACCCCCUGAACCACUUGCAAAAAAAAAAAAAAAACUCGCCAUUUUCCCUACAAAUGGACACAAACCAUCUAUUUUGUGUUCCGAUCCGGCUUUUGCUUCCUUGCUCACAUUCUGCAACUCGCUUGCCCCCGCAGCCAGUUCAUGGUGAUGAUGAUAGCACAAUUUCUCUCCUCGCGAUGAAGGAUGGAACUGUUUUACGCAUGCAAAAACUGUUGACUUUUUCCUCCCUGUUCUGGAUAGAGACAAUAACGACACAAACGCGACUUUUAUCUGGCAUGGAGACGCGGUUCAGACUUUCACGAGGAUGACAAUAGCGACAGCAAGCUAACGGCUGUUGGCUUCCUCUCUGCACUACCACGCGUAGAAAGAGGGUUUUUUUUUUUUUUUUCCCUUUGGCUUUUGGAAGAAUAAUCGUAAUAAUUAUAGUAAUAACAAUGAUAAUAACGCUAAUGUUUUUCUGCACCAAGUGACCAUAUUCUCUCCACUACCGAGGUAGAAAAAAAAAAAAAACUAUUUAUAUAUUUAUUUAUUUAUUCAUUCAUUUA